UCAGGAGUGAGAUUCAUCUGUGCUGGACUUGAGAAUCCUCAAUGUAAAUUGGAGACACUGAGGCUGUCAGGCUGCAGCAUCACAGAGGAAGGCUGUGCUUCUCUUGCUUCAGCUCUGAGGUCAAACCCCUCCCACCUGAAGGAGCUGGACCUGAGUGGAAAUACUCCAGGAGUCUCUGGAGUAAAGCUGCUCUCUUCUGUACAAGAGGAUCCCCUCUAUACACUGGAGACACUGCGGUUAAAUGAUUGACAGCUCACAGAUUCAGUGAAGGAAUGGCCUCAACUCAAAAUCCUUGGUUGUGGGAGUGUGCUGCAGUUAAAUGCUUCUGGGACAGUUACAAAAUAAUUU